GUCCGAGCCACGCAUGCCACCCCAGUCCACGUAGGAACGUCGCAACAGUAGGAUCUCUCGGAAGGCGCAACCUUGCUCAACUUCUAGUGCCCUUGAAUGGGGUGACCGGAACUGGAUAUAUGGACAACUCGACCAGCCGCCAGCUCGCAAAACUUCCCUUCACCGAUCUCCUCGUUACACAUCUUCAUAUCAUUGCUUUCUGCUAUCGAGCGUACAGUAUAUACCGAUUGCCCUUCUGGUGAGCAUGUACGAUCACCCAGACAUGGAGCGUUAUAGCUAUCCGCAGUAUCCCGCUGCAGCAAAGUAUCCCACCGCGCACAGCACCAGCAGCGCUUUUAGUGCCAGUGCGAACCCUAAUGAAGACUGGACCAAGAUCUCCGAUCUUGCUGAGCGACGAAGAAUACAGAAUCGCAUUGCUCAACGAAAUUACCGAAAGAAGCUGAAGAAGCGGUUGGAGGAUUUGGAACGUAGAGCUGGGUCCAGCUCAGCGUCGCCCGAGCAAAGACACGAAGAACUUCCCAGUACGAGCGGAACAAGCACAGCAACGAACGAGACCAUGGUCCAAAGACCGCGAGUGUUUGCAUCCAACACCCAUGGGCCACGACAUCGGACACCCGACGUCCUUACUCAGCAAUACGUACUGCCAUCCGACGAUCGAGGCAUGUUCUCCCAACAGUUUACUCGCCAAUUAUCAACUUCCCCUCCGCCCUUCACCGGACAUCUUGCCUUGUCACAAGCAGCAGAGACGAUCGGCUACUCGACGUACCCCGCAUACUGUGGUUCGGGCAUGGACCUACCUGUAUACCCUCAAUACAUGCCACCCGCCCAAACGUAUGCGAUGCAAAACUUGAUGCAUACUCCCAUCAAGCAGGAAAUAUACGCAGACGACGAGGUGAAUCCAUUCAGCAUGAGCUAUGCCAGCAUGGCCAACGAGAUCACCUCUUACCAGAGUUCUACACCAUCGGACUCAUCAGAAGAUUGGCAAGCAGGCUCCCCUCCUCUCCUGGAGCACUGAGUGGGGCGAAAUGGGUCUAUUGUGCUUGUCAGUUGGGCGCUGUGCGGUUUGGCACGCUUGUUGCGGAAGUGUUGCCACCUGAUUUUUGUUUGUUACUUGGGGUUAAGCGAUGGUGUCCGGCGUCUUAUGAUAGAGGAUAUUGACAUGAUGUCGUUAAGCAUACAGCUUAUGUUUGUCAGAUGUGUUUCGAUGGAAGGAGAACGAGAGGCUUGAAAUGAUCGACCUCGAAUGGCCGUGAGCAGCACGGAGGCGGCGGCGACGGUGGUGGUAUGCGGAAAGGUGGCCAGACGUGUGAAGCAAGCAUGAUAGCUGGCGAUAGCACUGUUUGCUUUGCAGAGUUCGAAAGGCUAUACUGGUGGGUGGCAUUGGUACAGGAGCGGCGGACUAUUGCCUGUAUUGUCGCAGACGUUUCGUGAUCUAUACAGCAUCUUGGACUUGAACCAAAGGUGUUGUGUAUGAUACGACACGCUGGUUGCGGCGAUACAGAGCAUCAUUGUAAUCUUGCUGCACUCGGCAGUAUCUACAGCUAGCUGAGUACCUUUAUGUCGUGCCAAGUUGAAAAUCUC